CUGCUGCGCGGCGGCGGCGCGGGGAGUUUGGAUCGUGGUUCCACCCGCUUGGAGGCUGUGGGAGAGGUGAGUGCGGGCGCUCGCUGACUUAAACGGUGUCGUCCGCCCAGCGCAGCCCGGCUCCUGGCCACACGGCCCCGGGGCCGGAAAGGAAGGCCUCUCCGGUUCCUCCCGUUGCCCGCCCCGGUUCGGCUAGGCCCGCUGCGUCCUCUCGUCCGGCGAGCAGCAGGGGAGCAGAGCAGAGACGCACGUGGCUCCUCAGCUUCGCAGUACCCCAGCAGAGGGAAAUGGUUAAGGACACAGACUGUAUCAGAUGGCCUGAGUUGGGAUGUCGGCCCCUGCAGGAUCAUGGCUGCUAUUCCUCAGAAUAAUCUGCAGGAGCAACUGGAACGUCAUUCAGCCAGAAAACUUAAUAAUAAAUUAAGUCUUUCAAAACCAAAAUCUUCAGGUUUCACUUUUAAAAAGAAAGUACCUUCGGCCAACGAUGUAUCUGUAACUAGUGUGUCAAUAGCAAAAACACCUGUGUUGAGUGAUAAAGAUGUUAAUAUUACUGAGGCCUUUUCGUUCAAUGAACCCUUACCCAACACCACAAAUCAGCAGACAAGGAUGAGUGACUUUACAAAUACUCCAGCCGGGCAGCAAGCUAAGAGAUUUGGUACAAAACCAUUAUUGCCAAAUUUGUCGCCGGUUCCUCGGGAAGAUUUAUGCACUACCCAGAACACACCAGUUAUAAAGGAAUCCCAUGAUGCUACUUUCAAGAAAUUAGAAUUUAGUUCUUCAUCAGAUUCUUUUGCUGCCUUCAACGAUUGGGAUGAUAUGGAUGACUUUGAUACUUCGGGAAAUUCAAAAGCAUUUGUUACACCACGCAAAAACCACUUCAUAAGAGUAAGCACUGCUCAGAAAUCAAAAAAGUCUAAGAGGAACUUUUUGAAAACACAGCUUGAUAAAACAGAUAUAGUAAAGAUUGAUUUGACUCCUUCCUCCUCUGAGAGCAAGCAGGCAUAUUUGACAAAGAAACAGAAGGAUGACUCAGAGUGGUUAAGCAGUGAUGUGAUUUGCAUUGAUGAUGGCUCCAAUUACGAAGAGCUUAUACAUGAAGAUGCUCAGGAAAAUCACUCUUUAAAAACUCGUUUGGGAGAUGAAAGAGAUAACUGUGAAAAGAAGAAAACCUUGGAAGAAACAGAAUUAUAUUCAACUGCGAAAUCUUCAUGUGUUGAGCUUGAUGAAGAUGAUUAUGACAUAGAUUUUGUUCCACCUUCUCCAGAAAAAGGAAUGACUUCUACCUCUUUGUCCUCUAAAGAAUGCUCUAGUGUGUUGAAGGAUCUUGACACCAGCAAGGAUGGUCUUAGCACUUCAGAAGACUUAUCAAAACCUGAGAAAAUGACUACACGGCAGCCUAAUCAAGAAACCAGCACAAGCUGUGACGCUAGACAGAUGAGUUUACAGCAGCAGCUUAUUCGUGUGAUGGACCAUGUCUGUAAAUUAGUUGAUACCAUUCCUGACAACCAGCUGAGAGCUUUGGAUUGUGGGAAUGAACUGCUCCAGCAGCGAGACAUAAGAAGGAAACUCCUAGUGGAAGCAGAUUUUAAUACAAGUGAUGCCGGUGUUCUUGGCUCAAUGUGGAGAUGCAGGCCUGCUUCACUUGGUAGCUCUGUGGAGGAUGUGGCAUCUGUUUCCUCACCUUAUGCAUUUCCAAAGGGUGAUUCCUGUUCUACAGGGAAUUCUGUUAAGGAGUUUACUUUUCCACACCUUCCCUCAAAUUCCAUUUCUACUGGGGAAUGUUUACUGACAGCUACCCCAGGAAAGACAGGCUUCUCAGCCACCACGAAGAAUCUCUUUGAAAGGCCGUUAUUCAGUUCCCAUUUACAGAAGUCCUUUGUAAGUAGCAACUGGGCUGAAACACCAAGGGUAGAAAAAAGAAAUGAAAGCUCUUAUUUCCUAGGAAAUGUUCUCACAAGCACUGCUGUGAAAGAUCAGAAUAAACACACUACCUCUGUAAAUGACUUGGAAAGAGAAAUCCAGGCUUCCUGUGAUAUUGACAAUUUUGACAUAGAUGACUUUGAUGAUGAUGAUGACUGGGAAGAUGUGAUGCAUGAUUUAGCAGCCAGCAAAUCUUCCACAGCUGCCUAUCAGCCUAUUAAGGAAGGUCGGCCAGUUAAAUCAGUAUCAGAAAGAAUUUCUUCAGCCAAGACAAACUGUCUUCCAGUGGCAUCUACUGCUCAAAAUAAAAACUUCUCAGACUCAAUUCAGAAUUACACUGACAAGCCGGAGCAAAAUUUAGCAUCCAGAGAUCUGAAACAUGAGCGUUUCCAAAGUCUUAAUUUUCCUCAUACAAAAGAAAUGAUGAAGAUUUUUCAUAAAAAAUUUGGCCUGCAUAAUUUUAGAACUAAUCAGCUAGAGGCGAUCAAUGCUGCACUGCUUGGUGAAGACUGUUUUAUCUUAAUGCCCACUGGAGGCGGUAAAAGCUUGUGUUACCAGCUCCCUGCCUGUCUUUCUCCUGGGGUCACUAUUGUCAUUUCUCCCUUGAGAUCCCUUAUAGUAGAUCAGGUCCAAAAGCUGACUUCCUUGGAUAUUCCAGCUACAUAUCUGACAGGUGAUAAGACUGACUCAGAAGCUACAAGUAUUUACCUACAGUUAUCAAAAAAAGACCCAAUUAUAAAACUUCUAUAUGUUACUCCAGAGAAGGUCUGUGCAAGUAACAGACUGAUUUCUACUCUGGAGAAUCUGUAUGAGAGGAAGCUCUUGGCACGUUUUAUUAUUGAUGAAGCACAUUGCGUCAGUCAGUGGGGACAUGAUUUUCGUCCAGAUUACAAGAGAAUGAAUAUGCUUCGCCAGAAGUUUCCCUCUGUUCCGGUGAUGGCUCUUACUGCCACAGCUAAUCCCAGGGUACAGAAGGACAUCCUCACUCAACUGAAGAUUCUCAGACCUCAGGUGUUUAGCAUGAGCUUCAACAGACAUAAUCUAAAAUACUAUGUGUUACCCAAAAAACCUAAAAAGGUGGCAUUUGAUUGCUUAGAAUGGAUCAGAAAGCAUCACCCAUAUGACUCAGGGAUAGUAUACUGCCUCUCCAGGCGAGAGUGUGACACAAUGGCUGACACACUGCAGAAAGAUGGUCUGGCUGCUCUGGCUUAUCACGCUGGCCUCAGUGACUCUGCCAGAGAUGAAGUACAGCACAAGUGGAUUAAUCAGGAUGGCUGCCAGGUUAUCUGUGCGACAAUUGCAUUUGGAAUGGGGAUUGACAAGCCUGAUGUGCGAUUUGUGAUCCACGCGUCCCUCCCUAAAUCUGUGGAGGGUUACUACCAAGAAUCUGGCCGAGCUGGAAGAGACGGGGAAAUCUCUCACUGUCUGCUCUUCUACACCUACCACGAUGUGACCAGACUCAAGAGGCUUAUACUGAUGGAAAAAGAUGGAAACCAUCAAACGAGAGAGACUCACUUCAAUAAUUUGUACAGUAUGGUACAUUACUGUGAAAAUAUAACAGAAUGCAGGAGAAUACAGCUUUUGGCUUACUUUGGCGAAAAUGGAUUUAAUCCUUAUUUCUGUAAGAAAUACCCAGAUGUUUCUUGUGAUAAUUGCUGUAAGACAAAGGAUUAUAAGACAAGAGAUGUGACUGAUGAUGUAAAAAAUAUUGUAAGAUUUGUUCAAGAACAUAGUUCAUCACAAGGAACAAGAAAUAUAAGAUAUAUAGGUCCUUCUGGGAGAUUUACCAUGAAUAUGCUGGUCGACAUUUUCUUGGGGAGUAAGAGUGCAAAAAUCCAGUCAGGAAUAUUUGGAAAGGGAUCUACUUACUCAAGACACAAUGCUGAAAGACUUUUUAAAAAGCUGAUACUUGACAAGAUUUUGGAUGAAGACUUAUAUAUCAAUGCCAAUGAUCAACCAAUUGCAUAUGUGAUGCCCGGAAAUAAAGCCCAAAAUGUACUAAAUGGGCAUUUAAAGGUAGACUUUAUGGAAACGGAAAAUUCCAGCAGUGUGAAAAAACAAAAAGCUUUAGUGGCAAAGGUAUCUCAGAGGGAAGAGAUGGUUAAGAAAUGUCUUGGAGAACUUACAGAAGUCUGCAAAUCUCUGGGAAAAGUUUUUGGUGUCCAUUACUUUAAUAUUUUUAAUACUGUCACUCUGAAGAAGCUUGCAGAAUCUUUAUCGUCUGAUCCUGAGGUUUUGCUUCAAAUUGAUGGUGUUACUGAAGACAAACUGGAAAAAUAUGGUGCAGAAGUGAUUCCAAUAUUACAGAAAUAUUCUGAGUGGACACUGCCAGCUGAGGACGAUUCCCCACGGAGAAGCCCCUCCAGCAGCAGAGGCACUGGAAGAAAUGCCCCUGAGGAGCUGGAUGAGGAAACGCCCAUAUCUUCUCACUACUUUGCAAAUAAAAACAAAAAUGAAAGGAAGAGGAAAAGAAGGUCAGCCUCCCAAAGGUCUAAGAGGAGAAAAACUGGUUUUGGUUGUUCCAAGACAAAAGGGGGGUCCAGCACGUGCAGAAGGAUAUCUUCUAAAACGAAAUCCUCCAACAUAUUUGGACCCAGUUCAGCUUUGCAUGGCUCUCAAGCACCAUCAGGAGCCAGUAGAAAACUGGGGAUUAUGGCUCCACCAAAGCCUAUAAAUAGAUCGUUUCUUAAGCCUUCGUAUGCAUUUUCAUAACAACCAAAUCUCCAUGUACAUAGAUCUUAUUUCUUGUUUGUCAGCAUCUGACCAUCUGUGAAUAUAAAGCUGUUAGUUUCGUUAUACCAUUUGUAAUUUUUACCCAUAUCUAUUAAUAUUUAAAUAAAUGCUUGGGGUGACAGUUCUUAUUUUUAAAAUAAACAUUUUCUUUUGAAACGCAUGCAUGAUUUGCUGCCACUGCAAGCAUUGUGGCCAUCAUUUCUCAGAACAUCUGAAGCAACAGCUGAAUCAUCUCAGUGAGAGAAAUUUUAAGCACAACAUCAUGAAACACAGAAGCCAAAGGAAAAGACUCGCACGGGACAGUGUGAAACUGUAAAACUUCUCGUAGAAGACAACAUAAACAAAAUUAAAACAUAAAUGACAGAGAAAAAAGGGGGAAAAAGUACAUGACAAAGGAUUAAUAUCCGUAAUAUACAAAAAGUACCUAUAAGUCAAUAAGGAAAAAAAAAAAAAGACAACCUAGUAGAGAAACGAACAAAGGAUGU